AUGACUCUUCCAAAACGAGGCGGGCGUCCGAAAAUCCCUUGGGACGCAUCAAGGAAACGAAAACUUGCUCGUCUUUAUCUCAUGACGAAUUUGAGGAUCGUUGAUAUUCAGCAAAUGCUGAAAUCGAAUGGAUUUACCCCAGGGAAAAGAAAUGUGCAUGAGCAAUUGAGCCAACUCUUCCCCGAUAGCGAACAUAGGUGGAGACAAUACAGACCCACUGGUACCGAUCAAGGCAUUCACCGGUUUGCACAAUUGAAGACCUGGAGAGAGCAUCAGAAGCGUAGACAUGACAAACGAAUCGCACGAUCUCACGCUUCUGUCAUGAAGCCAAUACAGCCCAUACAGUCAGAUUAUGUUUUGGAAGAAGUGAAGUCAGGAGUCCUAUAUGACCCCCUCCAACAUUACAAUCAUCAGUCAACCGAAAAUGAUGCUUGCAUCUUCCCUGGUUACAGCCAAUGGUAUUCGAGUAAUGCAGCUUCCGCCGGAAAUGACCCUCUUGCUGGAGACCUAGAAGGAAAGUGCUUCAGUAAUAAAGAAGUAGACUUGUCCGACAAUGUUGCACAGAAAGCGCACGUCAACAUUGCGGAUUUGAGUAUUCCAGUUGCAAUAUGGGGCGAGAUUGAGACCUUCAGCCAGAGCACGAAUUCAAUCGACGAAACGACGGUAGCACCUGAAGAGGCACUCGCACAGGAACUUCCGAAGACCGACAAUACACCUGUUGUAAGCCGAUCAAGCACGAGAGCUAGUCGUAUGAGUGGUACCAGCAACCAAGGCAUUGGGAAUCGUGUGUCAUCACGAGUGUCACGAUCUCUUCGCCAUGCCAACUCUCUUAUGUCUGCAACGAACUCUUGGAUCUCCGGUCUUACCCACAUGUCUAGUACUUCUACCGGUAGACGCUCUACUCUGAGCCAAUCUACUACUGGAAACGAGUUUGUGAAUUGGGAUGGGCUCGAGCAUUCACCCUUCUCCGACGAGAGACUCCACUGUCCCGAAAUCUCAUUCCAAAAGCGACCAUGUUGUCAGUAUUUCGCGCAAAUUCCAGCUCCAGGUAUCGAAUGUUCCACGUGCGGUACGAAAGAGGUACACUACCGCGCACGUUCUGAAGAGGAUUACAUUAUUGCUUCCAUGGACGUGGACAAAUUUGGCAACACGCCGUUACAUCACGCCGCGGCAGUUGGUAACUUGUCAGGCAUAGUCCGGUUCCUGGAAACCUAUGGUAAAGUUUCGAAAACACAAUCCUUCUCGCGGAACACAUCUGGAGAGACUUUCAUGCACGUUCUUCGACUUAGCAAAUCCGAAGAUUUCGAUAAAUUCCUGGACCUUCUCAGACUUGUGGACUCCCAUACAUCAACCUUCUCUUUCUCGAUGAUUGAUUAUCAUGGCAGAACAGUCACACGUGCGUUCCUGAGUUAUGCUGCGGACUGGAUGGUCGACGCAGACAAAGUAUGCCAAGCUCAACAUAUUUUGGAGCCAAGCGAUCCUGAGAUUCCGAGCUUUGUGCUCCGAAAUAUAGAAAUGGGCAAAAAAGUCAGAGUUGGAGACCGUAUUAUGCCUGCAGACGCAUACUCCGAGACGCCUUUUCUGGUAGCGCUGAGAUCAUGGACUGAACAGCUCCACUUUCGGAUACUACUUCAAAAAGUUCGUAACGAUUUCGAUCUCCACGUGAGGGAUUCCCAUGGUCACACUCCUCUUGCAGUUGCAGCAAGUCUCGGCAUCUACGAUGGAGUAGACUACCUGUUGAAACGAGGUGCCAAUCCUAAUAGUAGGAGCUAUAGGGGAACCAGUGUUGUUGCGCAUGCCACCACUCACAUGUGGAAAGCACAGAAGGAUGGUCACACUGCGCUUUACGCCAAAAUUCUGUCUUGUGUUGUCCUUUUGGUUGAUCAUGGAGCCACACCUCUCGCUACAGCUUACGACGACUUCUUUAUUCGACGCGCACCAGCACCACCACCACGAGAAUCAAAGAAGUCUAUUCGAAAUACCUUAUUUGGAUUAUUUCUGUCCACCGGGUUCAAGAAAAGCAUCGAUAAAAGCAAGGCAAGCUCAAAAAAACACCGCCAACUUCCCCUCUUGGAGACAGUAUCCGAAGCAUCAGACGCUGUGAAAUCAAGUCAAAGUGCUCAGAAUUUCUGGGCAAAGCACUCUGAUUCCCUUGAACCUUCCACAGAUUUAGUAUCGAAGCUGGGAGAUAUCAUAUGGGAGCGAGGUGGAAUUACUAACGUCUCUCUACAUACCGAUCAUACGAGCUCACGCGACGAUAAUGAGCAAGAACAAUAUCAUUCGCCUUUCGACCUCCAGCAGCGUUCUUCUACGAUUGCACCAGAACUUGAAGCUGCUGUUACCCUGGAACUGGACAGCUGGCGUGGCUAUGAUGAACAAUUUGAAAUUGGCUCUUGA